AAAGUCUUGUUAAAAGAAAAGAGGAUUCAAGAUCACGGGAUGGAUCCCCUGAUGGGUUGAGCUUAAAUAAUGUGCCUGCCCCCAGGCUUGUGCUGAGAGAGAGAAAAGAAGAAUCCUGCUUCUUCGUCUUCCGGUAUUUUUGGAGUUAAUGGAGUCAGAAGGACCUCCAGAGUCACAGAGUUCAGAAUUUUUCUCACAGCAAGAAGAGGAAGAUGAAGAAGCCCAAGAACCAGAGGAAACAGGCCCCAAGAACCCCCUUUUACAACCUGCUCUCACAGGGGAUGUAGAGGGUUUGCAGAAGAUUUUUGAGGAUCCUGAGAAUCCUCAUCAUGAACAGGCCAUGCAGCUUCUCUUAGAAGAAGACAUCGUUGGGAGAAAUUUGUUGUAUGCAGCUUGCAUGGCUGGGCAAGGUGACGUGAUUAGAGCUUUGGCAAAAUACGGUGUGAAUCUGAAUGAAAAAACCACCAGAGGGUACACACUCUUACAUUGUGCUGCAGCCUGGGGUCGUUUGGAAACUUUGAAAGCACUGGUAGAACUGGAUGUUGAUAUAGAAGCUUUGAACUUCCGGGAAGAAAGGGCUCGAGAUGUUGCUGCUAGAUAUUCUCAGACUGAGUGUGUUGAAUUCCUGGACUGGGCAGAUGCAAGGCUGACUCUGAAAAAAUAUAUUGCAAAAGUCUCUUUAGCUGUUACUGACACUGAAAAGGGAUCAGGGAAACUCCUUAAGGAAGACAAGAAUACCAUCCUCAGUGCAUGCCGUGCAAAAAAUGAGUGGUUGGAAACCCACACAGAAGCUUCCAUUAAUGAGCUUUUUGAGCAGAGACAACAACUGGAAGAUAUUGUGACUCCUAUCUUCGCAAAAAUGACUACACCACGUCAAGUGAAAAGUGCCAAAUCUAUAACAAGCCAUGACCAGAAGAGAAGUCAAGAUGAUACCUCCCACUGAACAUAUGCUCUGUAAAAGGCCACAUUUUCUUCUAGUAUCUGAAAGGCAAACCUAUUCGUGCCAUUUGAAAUCGAGAAAACAGAUGUGGGUUUCUUUAAAUACAACAUUACAUCACCCUUGUUUUGUUUGGCCUGUUCAGCAUGCUUAUGUCUGGACUCUGGCCUCGCCUCUGCUCCUCCAAGCACAGCCCCAUGUGAGUUUCACGUGCUCCUUCAGGAAAGCACUUGGGUAUAAAUCAUUCACGAAGACCAUGUGGAGGCUUUAAGAACUACCCAAAGAAUCUAAUAAUUUUCUGUGUAAUUGAGGCAUUCCAUAUAAAAGGACAUAUUUGGCUAUUUCCAGAGAAAAAAAUUUGUUCUUCCUGUCUAAAAAGGAAAUCUUAUGGAAUGACACUUGGAACAAGGAAAUAUUAAGACUGGCUUGGAUUAGGAGCCUCUGGGUACAACUAUCACUUUUUAUAUCCAAAAUUAAAAUUCACCAGUGAGGUGGGGUAUACCUCUGAGUAAAACCCCUCUUUAUCUUUGACCUCCUUCUAUCUAUAAAUUAAUAAACACAAAUCUGUAUAGUUUUUAGAAGAGUUCUCCUAUAAGGCUGGCAAUACAGAUAUUGUAACUGGACUGAAGGCCAUUUCCCCUCCCAUUCUGUUUUAUAUUUCCUAGGUUUUAAGUAUGAUAGUUGGUUUCAUAUUGGUGGUUUGGAAAGCUUUUUUUCUAGCUUAUUUAAUCAGGCGCCUCAACCUUCUCUUACGUUGUGACUUUAUGGAAAAGUUUUACAGAAAAGAAAAUGGUUUUUGAAAAGCACGUAUUGUUUGUUCUUAUGACUUUCUCUUCUUUGUCCUGUUCUGAAAGCUAGUUUUCCCUUAUGGGGAGAAGGAAAAGGAAUGGGUAAUUCAGUAAUACUUUGUCAGUUGACAUUUAUUUAACCAUGGUUUUGAGAUAACCCUAUUUUAAAUGUCUCCCAAAGUUUUAAGUUUUUUAUCCUUUUAAUGUAUGAGCAAUUCAGUUUCAGUUUUUUAAAGCAAAAGAACACUGCAAUAACUUUCACCCACCUUUUUGGCCGACCCAGUGGGAGUUUAUGGAGCAGUACAAAGAAGACCUGUGUUUGCUCCUUUUUCUUUUUUUCCUUCCUUCUCCCUUUUCCCUUCCCUUCCCCUUCUCCUUCCUUUCUCUUCCAUUUCCUUCCCUUCCCCUUCCUCUCCCUUCCCCUCCCUUCCCCUCCCUUCCCCUCCCUUCCCCUCCCUUCCCCUCCCUUCCCCUCCCUUCCCCUCCCUUCCUCUCCCUUCCCCUCCCUUCCUCUCCCUUCCCCUCCCUUCCUCUCCCUUCCCCUCCCUUCUUCUCCCUUCCCCUCCCUUCCUCUCCCUUCCCCUCCCUUCCUCUCCCUUCCUCUCCCCUCCCCUCCCCCUCCUCUUCUCUUUCCUCCUCCUCUUCCCUCUCCUCCUCCUUCUUCUUCCUCUCUUAUCUCUCUGUCUCCACUCCCCCCAACCCAACCCCUUCUUGACAGGGUCUCCCUCUCCUGCCCAGGCUGGAAUGCAGUGGAGUUAUCAUGAUCAUAGCUCACUGUAACCUGUAACUCUGUACUCAAGUGAUCCUCCCACCAUGCUUGGGUAAUUAAAAAAUAAACAUUUGCAGGCUGGGUGCUGGCUCACACCUGUAAUCCAAGCACUUUGGGAGGCUGAGGCAGGUAGAUCACCUGAGGUCAGCGGUUUGAGACAAGCCUGGCCAACAUGGUGAAACCCUGUCUCUACUAAAAAUACAAAAAUUUAGCUGUAUGUGGUGGCAUGCGCCUGUAAUCCCAGUGACUUGGGAGGCUGAGGCAGGAGAAUCACCUGAGCCUGGGAGGUGGAGGUUGCAGUGAGCCGAGAUUGCACCACUGCAUUCCAGCCUGGAUGACAGAGCGAGACUCCAUCUCAAAAAAAUAAUAAUAAAAACAAAUAAACAUUUGCAGAGAUAGAGUCUUGCUACGUUUCCCAGGCUGGUCUUUGAGUUCCUGGCCUCAAGCAUUCCUCCUGACUUGGCCUCCCAAAGUCCUGGGAUUACAGCUGUGAACCACUAUGCCUAGCCCAUUUUCUUAAUACAGUAUAUUGUGCAAAGACCAGUGUCCUUAAGGACUGCAAUAAUUUAGGAAAAGUCCAGGUGCCAUUUUUGUCCUUUCUACUCUAACUCUACAUUUUCUGAGCUUGGAUUUUGAAUACAACAUUACUUUCCAGGAGUGUGUUCCAAAUUGGGGAGGGAUUCCUGGAUUCUUACUUCAAAGAUUUCUAAAUUAGACCAAGGCAUUUCUGGAGACCCCUUAGUAUAAAACAAACCUAUUUUUCCUCUUUAUUAAUCUUUCAAUCCUUAUCCUCAAACUUUUUAUAGCUUUUGAUACAUUUGCUGAUGCUAUUUUUAAACUCCUUGUGUUGGCACUUUUAUGCCAAUUAUGAUUCCUCUACUCUCUUAAAACUGCUUUUCUAACUCCUUCACCAGUUCCUCUUCUUCCUCUUGCCCCCAGUUGUGGGAAUUUCUCAAAAUUCAAUCGUAACCUUUGGUAAAGCAAUCUGUAAUUCUCUAUUCCGUGACCUUCCCUGUCACCAGUAUUAUGAAGAAUGAGUCUUUCCCUGUUUAGGGCACCCAUAAUGCUAAUAGCCUCAUACUGUAUUCUACUUAAUUGUUCACAGGUUUGUCUUUCUGUGUGAAUUGUAAGCUUUUUGAGGGUAGGGAUUUUGUUCUUUUUUUAUACCUAAAAAGUCCAUAAAAUAGUAAGUUAGUAAAUAACUGAAUGAAUUAUCUUUUAGUAAUAAUACCUUAUACAUAGAACUCAUUACCUCUUCAUUAAUUUAUAGAGCUUGUGCACCUUUAUAAAAAUGACUCCCAACACUUACCUCCAUAUCUUGCCCCAUUUUAACUCCUACUCCUCUAGCAGAUAAGCCACACAUAUAUCCAACAUUGUAACUCUAUGCCUGAUUUCUCCUCCGACCUUCUAUUUUCUAAGCCUUCACCUUGAAUGUCACUUUACUUUCUGGCAUGUGAACCAAGUGAUUACCAACAGAUUCCUGGAUCUCAUGUCAAAGAUUCCUUUGAUGUGAGAAUCUGAACAUUUAUUUAUAUCUAUAUAUUUACAAUUUUAGUCCAUUUUGAGGGUUAUAGUAUCUCUUGUUACAUAUUGUUGCAUUGAAUUAUAGAUAUAUUCAUAGGAGACUUUAAAUGCCCUUAGGCUUUGAGUUUGAGCUGUUACAUAGAUAGCUGCAUGGCUUUUUCUGAACAUCCACAAAGUAAUUACUAUUCAAAGUGCAUACUAAUAAAUCAAUGAAGCUGCCAUAUUAUUUGGGAAGUAGUCAAUCAAAGGCUAAAUUCAAUGUUAUGAUAACUUUUAGGCAGUAGUUCUUUAGACUUCUGUAUUUAAUUGAACAGAAAAAAUGUAAAAAAAUAAGGGGAGGAGAUUGAUAGGACAUCAUGAAUAAAACAACUACUAUCUACUGUCACUAUCAUUUAACAAGAGACAUUUUAACACCAGAAAAGGGAGGAGAUCUCAGUGUAGGGCUCUACCCUUUAAGUUAAAUAAAUUGUUUUAUUAUAGAUCUUUAUGUUGUAUUUAUUUUUCUUAUUUUGUCACAUAUGAUGGAACUUUUGUCAUGAAUCAGAACUGGCCUGUGGUCCAGCCUUUGAGAACUACUGCUCUGGACUAAGUAGAUUGCUAUUUAGAUUAACAUGAUGCCCCCAGAUUGUAAAGGACUGACAGUUGCCCCCAUGUUCAAUCUAAUAUGUGGUAGAUUGUAUUUUCCAGGAUGGCCACAUCUCCCUUCCCACGUGCUCUUACAAUAUGGUCAUGACAUUCCUCGCAUAGACAGAUGUGUCUCUGUUCUUUCCUCUUGAAUCUGGGCAGGCUCAUCACUACAGUGGAAGUGAUUCUAUGUGAUUUCUGAGACUAGAUCAUAAAAGGUGAUGAGGCCUCUGCCUAACUAGGGGAAAUGCUUUCUCUUGAGAUGCUCACUCUUGACCAGCCUAUAGAGAGAGCCACAGGGAGGAACUGAGGCCCCAGCCCACAGCCUUGGUUAAGCUCCAGCCUGCAGUCAUCCCCAACUUGCCAGCCAUAUAAGUGAGCCAUCUUUGAAGCAGAUCCUCCAGUCAAGCCAGCCCAGCUGAUGCUGUAUGGAGUGGAGACAAGCCUUCUGUGCUGAGCCAUGCAAAAAAUUGCAGAUUUGUGAACGAAAUAAAUGAUUGUUAUUGUUUUAAGCUA